CGUCCGUAUACACAUGACUCCAUCCGCUACUGACACCCAAAACGCAUCUUCAACCUUUUUCAUCCUCAUCCAUCAAAUAUACCAUCAAACCCUUUUCCCUUUCUUCUCUCGAACAAUUUCCUUCUCCAUGGACUCGAUUCCCGAUCUGUCGCCGGUUAACGACCAACAUCAGCCUUACCCUGCCAGCCCAACUACUAACGGCGCCCACCCACCUUAUUCCGAUAUGAUAGUAGCAGCAAUUGUUGCUCUAAAGGACAAAGAUGGGUCCAGUAGACAAGCUAUAGCUAAAUACAUAGAACGGCAUUAUACAAAUUUGCCUCCUACUCACUCCAACUUGUUGACUCACCACCUAAAGCGAAUGAAAAACGAGGGUCAGCUAACGCUCGUCAAACACUCUUACAUGCUUCCACUUCCUAGAUCUGUUCCUUUCGAAACUCCCGCACCCACACCCACACCCACGUUGGACCAUGAUAUCGCUGACUAUUCUGUAACUUCUACUGAUACAUUGGGUACUACACCUGGCUUUAAAGCUGAUAAUUCUUCUGUUCAACCUAGGAGAAAGCCCGGCCGUCCUCCCAAACCCAGACACGAAUUCGGGUUCCAGGUACAAAAUCAGGUGCCAGAUGAACAGCCAGCAGCUGAGAUCCAACCUUAUGAACCUCAAUUCGAGCAGCACUUGGGUUCUUCUGGGCAAGAGUUGCAAGGAAAUUAUGCAGGGGCUGCUGAACCCAUCUUUGCUUCAUUAGGUUUGGGUGAUGAUGGUGUUGCACCAACUGUUGAGUCUCCUGAGAAUGUAGUGGUUUCAGCCAAGAGAGGCCGUGGUCGGCCGCCAAAGAGUUCCAGUGCUAGCAGAGCUGUUGUAACAAGUUCUGGCGGCGGUGAUUCUGGUGAGGCGGAGGCAGAGAGGAGAGUAAGGCGGAAAGUUGGCAGGCCUAAGCUGAUGUCAAUCAUGCUGUUCAAUGGUGGUGGUGGGAUUGGGAAGAAGAGGGGUGUUGGCAGACCCAAGAGAAUUGGGAGACCUGUGACUGUGCCUUUGUCAGGAAACGUGAUGAGGCCAAGAGGAAGACCUAGGAGGGUGGGGCCCCCUGCACAAAAUGUAUCUGUUAAUGCCAAUGGUGCUGAUAUUCAUACUGAUACUGAGCCUGCUUCAGUUUCAAGAUCCCGGGGUCGGCCUCGCAAAACUUCUGACACUGAUGCUGCAAACAAGCUACAAAACUCCACUUCACAAUCAUUUGGAUGGCCGGCUGAGUUUGUACCAGGGACCUCGGUACUCGUGACAGAUCCACAGCAGCUUGUAGCUUUCCAAGAAUUGAAGUCAAAAUAUGAGCAUUUACAAUUGAAAGCGAGGGAAGUGUUGAAUGUGGCAAGGCCAUACAUAAACAUAAACUCCGAAUAUGCAGCGAUUGAGGUACUGCAGGAGCUGGAAACACUCUUGGGAAUGGACACACCAUAACAUCUACAUCCACAUCAUUUCUUGAAAAUUAGGACUUUGUACGUUUAGAUUCAUGCUACUUGAGUUUAGGGUAUUUUGGUAAAAAGGGCUUGUAAGACACACUACUAGGCAUAUGAAUAAUUGUGGUUUGUUUGCUUUUUUUUUUUUGUCCAUGGAUUAAUGUAAUCAUGAUGCUAACAUUUUCA